AAUCUACGUAAUGUAGUCUGGUGUCUGUUUGUGAUACAAUCGAAGAAGGAAGGAAGUGGAAGUAACCUCUCGCUACUUCUCGUCCCACCACAUCCCGUGAGCUACCGUUAGCCACAGCAGGUCGUUAGCUACAUGUGCUAGCUUAGACCUCAGUACUGACCUUCCUGUUUAGUUGUUAAUUACUCAAAAAAUGUGACACUUUUCUCAUACUUCUUGGGCAUAGCUGUCUACCUUAUUAUCCCGAACAUGUUCUGUAUCGUAGUGAAACGCUCCUGUCGUGGCGUACGCGUGUCACUUAAAUCAUGUAACCUGUUAGCUAACGAUGGAUACUCAAUAACAAACGUGGAGCUCUUACACAGAAGAAGGAAACAUUUCCUGCAGAGCCACAACACUAAUGUAACGCGACUGUUGAGCUCUCGACCACACAACUCCGAGGUACCAGAGGCUGCAACAUGGGAACCAGUACCAGAGGACCAACUUCCCCCGCCUGUGCAUAUCCCUGCUGACCUGGUGGACCAACUGGAGCGACUGGCGUUGGUAGAUUUCCGCACCAAACAGGGACUGGCCUGUUUGGAGAAAGCCAUCAGAUUUGCAGAUCAGCUUCAUGUUGUUGACACUUCAGGGGUGGAACCAAUGGAUUCAGUUCUGGAAGACCGGUCAUUAAACCUUAGGGUCGAUGCAGUGACAGAAGGGGACUGUGCUGAAGAACUGCUUCAGCUCUCCAAACACACAGUUGAAGAAUAUUUUGUGGCACCACCAGGAAAUAUUCCUCUACCAACGAGGGAGGAAAGGGCAGCCAUACUGAAACACUCAGAGUUAUGAUAUCUUUUACAAACAUAAAAUGUUGGAGAUUGUGUAAAUAAAACCUUAAGGUCCUGCAUUUAGAUGUUGUUAUUGUUAUUGUUCAGUUUCAUUUACACCUGCAGUACAGUUACAUCUAAUCUUAGUUUCGUUCAUGUUAGCAAAAAUGAGUCAGCAGUGUUUUGGCAACCUGUGUUAUGAGGACAUUCAUAACAAACGUAGAACAGAGCUUGUGAUUUUCAUAUGUCCUGUUUUUAUUCUAGUGUUUAACUUUGGUAAUUAAAAAAUAAUGUUUUCUA